AUGAAUGAUGCCCUGCAGAUCACAUUUACAGUCAUUCUGAGUAUGGAAUUUAUAAUUGGCAACUUUGGAAAUGGUCUCAUAGCAGUGGUGAACAUCAUGGACUUAGGCAAGAGAAGAAAGAUAUCGUCAGUGGAUCAGAUCCUCACUGCUCUAGCCAUCUCCAGAAUCGUGCUGCUGUGGUUAGUAUUAUUGAAUUGGUGGUUAUCUGUGCUUUAUCCAGGGAGAUGGAUAAAUGAAAGACUUGUUGGGAUAAUACACAGCAUCUGGACAGCAUUCAACCAGUUUAGUCUCUGGCUAGCUACAAGCUUCAGCAUCUUUUGCUGUUUCAAGAUAGCCAAUUUUUCCAAUACCAUUUUCCUUUAUUUUAAGGUCAGAGUUAAAAACGUGGUGACAGUGACAUUGUUUGUGUCUUUGCUUCUCUUAUCUUUAAAUAUUGUAGUUAUUAAUGUACCUGGGAACAUCUCAAUAGCUGAAUAUAAGGUAAAUAUGUCUUACAGCUUGAGUUUGAACAACACACAUAUUUCAAUUCUAUGGUUUUUAUUUGCCAACACCAUGUUUGCAUUCAUACCCUUUGCUGUGUCCCUCAUCACUUUUCUCCUGCUCAUCUUGUCUUUGUGGAAGCAUCUGAGGAAGAUGCAGCUCAGUGUCCAUGGAUGCAGAGAUGCCAGCACCACAGCUCACAUUAGAGCCUUGCAAACAGUGAUUGCCUCUCUCCUCCUGUAUGUGCUUUUCUUUUUAUCUAUUGGUAAAGUUUGGGGGUCUCUGCUUCUGGAGAAAAGGAUGAUACUUUUUUUCACACAGGUUGCAAGAACUGCUUUUCCAUCUGUGCACCCCUGUGUACUGAUUCUAGGAAAUACUAAGCUGAGAAAGACUUUUCUCUCUAUGCUGCUGAGGUGCAGACACAAAGACAGGGACUCUGUGGUGCAGAGAAUCAGGACUUAA